UUUCAUUUCCCACAAUACAACCUGCAAUUUAGUUUUCUGUUUGUUGUUAAACAUCUAACAAAAGCGCUUCGCACGCACAGCAAACCGGUCGAUUCCGAAAUUCAGACGUGCUAAAUAACGUUUGUAAGCAAAAUUUGCUCGGUUGAAGUUGUAAAUAACAACACGGAGGCUUUAAAUCCGGCUUCAUUUUUUUUUUUUGGUAAAAACCAGUAACAAACAAAACCAGAAACGAAAGUGUGUGGGUGAAAAAUUAAGAAAAAAGUAAAAGAAGUUUAAGAAUAUUAGCACAGAAACGCACAAAUACAUAGAUACGUAUAGGAAAAGGAGCGCGCGGUAAAACAAAAAAAAAGAGGAGCAAAAAGAAGAAAAACGCCGACUGCGAAAACGGCGACAAAGUGAAAUUGAUAAUAAACGGAUAAUUUAUUUAAAAUAAUAACCAAUCAGCGGCGUCAGUUAUAAAUAAUUAAGAAAGUCAAGAAGAAAAGCAGCAGCAGCAGCACACUCACACACACACAGACAGCGAAAAUGGCAACACUAAACAAAUUCACAAAAACGCUGUCCAUUGAUGAAAAGGCGGAGAUCAAGGAGAAAUUCAUAGAGCUGGAUGCCAACAAGGAUGGCUUCAUCGAUCUGCACGAGCUGAAGGAUGCCCUCAACCAGGUGGGCUUCAAGCUGGCCGGCUACCAGGUGCGCGAAAUGAUCGACGAGUACAAGGGCAAACAGCUGACCGCCUUCCAGGGCAAGUUGAAUCUGGAGGAGUUCGAGGCACUGUGCCUGGACCUGAAGAGCAAGGAUGUGGCCAGCACAUUCAAGACGGUCGUCUCCAAGAAGGAGAACCUGGAGACCCUGGGCGGCAUGUCGAGCAUCUCGUCCGAGGGCACCACCCAUUCGGUGCGCCUCGAGGAGCAGCUGGCCUUCUCCGACUGGAUCAACUCGAAUUUGGGGCACGACAAGGAUCUGCAGCAUCUGCUGCCCAUCGAUAGCGAGGGCAAGCGCUUGUAUCUGAGCAUCAAGGAUGGUAUUCUGCUGUGCAAAAUCAUCAACCACUCCUGCCCGGACACAAUCGAUGAGCGGGCGAUCAACAAGAAGAACCUCACCGUCUACCGGGAGUUUGAGAACUUGACCCUCGCCUUGGUUUCCUCCCAGGCAAUUGGAUGCAACAUUGUAAACAUCGAUGCCCACGAUCUGGCCAAGGGCAAGCCACAUCUGGUGCUGGGUCUUCUCUGGCAGAUCAUCCGCAUCGGUCUGUUCAGCCACAUCACCCUGGACAGCUGUCCGGGAUUGGCAGGCCUUCUCUUCGACAACGAACGUCUCGAGGAUCUGAUGAAGAUGUCGCCGGAGGCCAUCCUCCUGCGCUGGGUCAACCAUCAUUUGGAGCGUGCCGGCAUCUCGAGGCGGUGCACCAACUUCCAGUCGGACAUCGUCGAUUCCGAGAUCUAUUCGCAUCUGCUGAAGCAGAUUGCCGGCAAUGAUGCGGAUGUCAAUCUGGACGCCCUGCGGGAAUCCGAUCUGCAGUCGCGCGCGGAGAUCAUGUUGCAGCAGGCCGCCAAGCUCAACUGCCGCAGCUUCCUCACGCCGCAGGAUGUCGUCAACGGCGUCUACAAACUCAAUCUGGCCUUCGUGGCCAAUCUGUUCAACAACCAUCCGGGAUUGGACAAGCCCGAGCAGAUCGAGGGACUCGAGUCCAUUGAGGAGACGCGCGAAGAGAAGACCUACCGCAACUGGAUGAACUCGAUGGGCGUGGCACCGCACGUGAACUGGCUUUACUCCGAUUUGGCCGACGGUCUGGUCAUUUUCCAGCUCUUCGACGUCAUCAAGCCGGGUAUUGUCAACUGGAGCCGUGUGCACAAGCGCUUCAGCCCGCUGCGCAAGUUCAUGGAGAAGCUGGAGAACUGCAACUAUGCGGUGGAUCUGGGCAAGCAGCUGAAAUUCUCGCUGGUCGGAAUCGCCGGCCAGGAUCUGAACGAUGGAAAUGCCACGCUGACGUUGGCUCUCAUCUGGCAGCUUAUGCGCGCCUACACCCUGUCCAUUCUGUCCCGCUUGGCCAACACUGGCAACCCCAUCAUCGAGAAGGAGAUCGUCCAGUGGGUGAACAACCGACUAACGGAGGCUGGCAAACAGUCGCAGCUGCGUAACUUCAACGACCCGGCCAUCGCCGAUGGCAAGAUCGUGAUCGAUCUGAUCGAUGCCAUCAAGGAGGGCAGCAUCAACUACGAGUUGGUGCGCACCAGCGGAACGCAGGAGGAUAACCUGGCCAAUGCCAAGUAUGCCAUCUCCAUGGCCCGCAAGAUCGGCGCCCGCGUCUACGCCCUGCCCGAGGACAUCACCGAGGUGAAGCCCAAGAUGGUGAUGACCGUUUUCGCCUGCAUGAUGGCCCUCGACUACGUGCCCAACAUGGACAGUGUGGACCAGAACAACCACAACAGCUCCGCCAACAACAGCAAUUAGGCGCCAUAGCCACAACUCAUUUAUACAUAAACAAAAGGAUAGGAUUUUGAAGAGGAAGAACAGAGUGGGAACUACGUAAAUGUGUCGUAUUCGCUAAUUACAAAUAACUCUAUUCGAUUGCGUUCCUUCCUGCGCUACCAAUACAUUUUUGUGUGUGUUUUUUUUUUAAUUUCAAUUACGUUUUGUAAUUUUUUUUAUUAUAUAUUUAUAUAUUAUAUAAUUGAGUAUGAGUUUCCCCCCUAUUGUAAUUAAGCAAACAGAUUUUAGAGUGUCGCACAUCUGUUUUUCAGCCCGGCGAGGUGUUUCUUUAUUAGAUUUGUUUAACAAUUGUUUAAUUUUACAACUGUAACCUUAUUUUAUAAAUAGAGGUUUAGCUUUUUCCGCUUUAAAUCCUUAAAAGAAAGAAUUGUGAAACACGAAAAAAAAGAAAAAAAAGCGACUUGUGCAGGAUUAAGAGAGAAUUAUAAUAUUAACAUUGCGACGAAAACAAUUAACUUUGUAAUAUAUAUACAUAUAUAUUUAUAUACGAUUACGAUAUGCGCCUAUAUACAUAACAUAUAAAUUUACAUAAAUCGAUAUAUUUUUCCAUAAACUCGUUGCCUAAAGGGAGAUAACGAACGAAGAUCAGGAAUGGGGAAUAUCCAGAAACAAAAGAAGUCGAGGAAAACAGAGUAACUAAUUUUAUAUUUACUAUACAUUUUUUUGCAAGUAAUUGUAAGCCGCUUUUGUUUAUGUUUUUUUCCAACGUGUAUGUUUGUUCAAUUUCUUUUUACAUAUUUGUAUAAUUUUGCGUUUAAGUGCGUUAGAGCGAGGUGGCAAUAGGUAGCGCCAACACGGCGUAGAAAGAGAGGGCAACAAACAUUUUUAGUGCAAUGAGGCGACAUACAAAUCCAAGAGAAAACGAAUUAAGAAAAAGAUGAAGUAAUACUAUAUGCAUAAUACAAGUAAAACAAUAAAGUAAAUAAAAAAUACCAACA